GAGUGAUUGUCAUAUCCGGUUUGACGAAUCGACAGUCUCGCAGUGAAAUAAACAAAGUUUCUGCACAUAUUUUGGAGUCACUGCAGAUUACCCAGAGCUGAACAUGAAUGUGGGUGUGGCUCACAGUGACGCUAAUCCCACCCACUCAUACCUAAACAGCAAGGGGAUAUGGAUUACAUACAUCAUCAUCAUCUUCACUGCUCACCUCCUCAUCCUCAGUGUCCCUUUCUUCUCAGUCGCAGUGGCCUGGACACUCACAAAUGUCCUUCAUGAUGUGAUAAUGUUUGGUAUCCUGCAUGUGACGAAGGGCACACCGUGGGAAACACCUGACCAGGGAGAUGCUCGGAUGGAGACCCAGUGGGAGCAGAUUGACUAUGGAAAGCAGUUUACAGCAACUAAAAAAUUUCUCACAAUGGUUCCUAUUGCAUUAUUUUUCUUGGCAAGUUUUUAUACAAGGUACGACAGAUAUCAUUUUAUGAUGAAUGCAGCUUGCCUUGGACUCAGUAUUAUUCCCAAACUCCCAAUGUUUCAUGGGGUUCGCCUGUUCGGUAUCAACAAAUAUUAGCUGAAGAUAUGACCAUUUCCUACUUGACUGAGCCAACACUGAUGCUAUUCAAAGUUGUCAUGGAUACCACAUGUACUCUAUCUUCACAUUUAUGGUAUUUUAGUUGCACUUGAGACCAGUAUGGGCAUUCACCCUGUGUGAUAUAUUUUUUUAGCUCGUGGCUGUAAAUGAAAGGAAGUGUCUGUUUCAGAAUAUUUAUUACAACUUUGUGGGAGCCCUUUAUACUUGUUUAUGUUCUUGAGUCUGUUUAACAUUCACUUGUGACUAUUUGAGAAAUUAUUAUCCAAAACCUUGCAGAUAUGGUGUUGUGUGUGAAGAAAACAUGUGCUUUUGCUAUGAUCUGAUGUGAGCUGCUCUCAAACAUACAAUGUUGCAGAAAACUCUUUCAAAUAUGCCGAUGUGAUGUUAAAUUUUAACUCACUCACUCUUUCAAAUAAGUCAUUCACAUUGAAGAAAAUUAACCGAAAGUCUACCCGCCCAAAUUGUGACAUAUGGGAACAUUUCCAAAAUGUUUAAAAUUCGACUUGGACUUAGGGUACCUGUAACAUUAGCAAAAAUGGCUCAUACUAGUGGGCUGGUGCUAAUUUCUCUUCCUGAUUGAACAUUGGAUUACAGAUACAGCAUGUACCCGGUAGUAUGUCCCACCAACAAAGGGGUAUAUGGCUACAGAUAUUAUUAUCAAUACAACUUGAAAAUAUCUACUAAACCUGAGUGACAUUUCUGUAUUGUUACUGUGACUCCUCUAAUUUUACUAUCGGUAAUUGAGUUUUUGUGAAAAUAUGAAAUGUGAAAGUCAUGGACAAGAAUCCUGAGGAUGUAUUCCACUAUUUAGAUUUUGUGAAAAUUUAAUCUCAAACCUAAACUUUUAAUUUUUUUCUAUUGUUAUAAUAUUCUCUGGCAUCAUUCCUCUCUUUAUAUGUUGGUUGAUAUUUAUGUUCAGCACAAUGUCCUUUUCAGUUGAUACGUCAAUACUGGAAUUGCCAAGUAAUGGCAGCCCUUGUCCAUCAAUUUCAUUUUACCAUGAGAACCUUAUGUAUAUGUGAGAAAUAUAUAUGCUUGAAUG